AUGGUGCUCUCGUGGCCCUUGGUCGUCUUCUUCGCAGUCACCGCCGUUGGCGUCGCACUCUUCAGGCUCCCAGUUGAGAAGAUUUUAAAGGACUUUCUGGUUUGGAUCAAGGAGAACUUGGGUCCAUGGGGUCCUUUGGUGCUAUUGCAGCCUAUCUUCCCUGGUGAUAGUGUUGUGGAUCAGCUUAUCGAGAUAAUAAAAGUUCUUGGUACUCCAGCACGUGAGGAAAUCCAAUGUAUGAAUCGAAACUACACCGUGUUUGUAUUUCGUCAUAUCAAAGCUCAUCCAUGGCACAAUUUCACGAUCGUCCUGCUGCUGAGGCACCUGGUGAUGGUUGGAGCGGCCAACCAGUUCGCCUUCAGCCUCCUCACAGUAUACUGGCUGCGGGCGAGCGGGAUCUUGCUUCCGUUUCUACGUUGUCAUGAGGCUCAUCUCCGUGAUCCAGCAGGGACAGAGGCAGUACCACCUGCAGCUGCUCCAGCUUCUUGGUACAUUGAGUAG